AUGAAUCAACGGUUGGUAAGAAUUCGGCCUGUGCUCACGAGUCGCCUCGUCCGGCCCCGGCGACACAAACGAUUAUUCGCAUCAGUCGUCCAAGAGCAUAGAGGCUACGAUGUAGUAGUGAUAGGAGGAGGCCACGCCGGCUCCGAAGCCUGCGCAGGCGCUGCCCGGUCUGGAGCUCGAACUGCGCUCGUUACUCCGCAGCUGGACAACAUUGGGGUUUGUUCCUGCAAUCCCAGUUUUGGGGGGAUUGGAAAGGGCACGAUGUUAAGAGAGGUAGACGCCUUAGACGGUGUCGCUGGAAGGGUCAUCGACAGAGCGGGUGUGCAGUUUAAAGUACUGAAUCGAAAGAAAGGGCCGGCUGUUUGGGGACCGCGCGCGCAGAUUGAUCGCAAGCUGUAUCAGAAGCAUAUGAGGGAGGAACUGGAGACAUAUCCGAAUCUGUCCAUCGUGCCGGGGAGUGUGGCGGAUAUCAUUGUCGCGCAUGAGGAGGGCCGGACGCCGUCUGGAAAGAUUACCGGGGUACGACUUGAAUCGGGAGAGAUUAUACAUACGCAUCAGGUAGUCAUUACAACAGGGACAUUUCUGGGCGGGGAGAUACAUAUCGGCUUGGAGUGCCAUCCAGCAGGGCGGAUGGGUGAAGCUGCGACGUUUGGACUGAGCAAAUCUUUGAAGGACACGGGGUUUAAGCUGGGGAGGUUAAAGACUGGAACACCUCCGAGAUUGGACAAGAGAUCCAUUGACUUCAGCAUUCUGGAUACGCAGGCUGGUGAUGAUCCGCCCACCCCGUUCAGUUAUUUGAACGAGAAAGUAUCGGUGGUGGAACAAUUGCUGUGCCAUGCAACGUACACGAACGAAGCUUCCCAUGAUAUUGUGAGAGCAAAUCUUGGGAAUUCGAUACACAUCAGAGAAACUGUGCAGGGCCCUAGGUACUGCCCAUCUCUUGAAUCCAAAGUCAUCCGAUUUUCGGAUAAGGACAAGCAUAUCAUCUGGUUAGAGCCAGAGGGCUUUGAUAGCAAUGUCAUCUAUCCAAACGGAAUCUCAAUGACUAUCCCCGCGGGGGCUCAGGAGCAACUGCUCAAGACAAUCAGGGGCUUGGAGAAUGUAACGAUGUUGCAGCCAGGUUACGGAGUCGAAUACGACUACGUCGACCCACGAAGUCUGAAAUCGACUCUCGAGACAAAAGCCAUACGUGGGCUUUACCUGGCAGGACAGAUCAACGGCACAACAGGCUACGAGGAAGCCGCGGCCCAGGGAAUCAUCGCGGGAGUUAAUGCCGGCUUAGCAGCGCAAUCAAAACCUCCCAUGACGCUCUCCCGAAGCGAUGGAUACAUUGGCAUCAUGAUCGACGACCUCAUCACCAAGGGCGUCUCGGAGCCAUAUCGAAUGUUCACUUCACGCAGCGAGUAUCGAAUGAGCGCUCGAGCAGACAACGCCGACACGCGGCUCACAGCCAAAGGCCGCGAGGCCGGUAUCGUGGGCGACAAGCGCUGGUCUGCCUUCUUGGACGAAUCAUCCCAGAUGUGUGAUUUGAAAGCCGCUCUCCAGGCCCAAAGCUCCAGUGCGCCAACGUGGAUCAGAGACGGGUUCCGAGUCGCCAACGACUCCACGCGGCGAUCCGCGUUCGAAGUGCUGCGUCUGGCGGGCGUCACCGUCGCCGACAUGCUCCCCUUGAUCCCCUCCAUUUCCAACUUCUCCCUCCGAGUUCAAGCGAGGGUAAGUAUCGAAGCGGUCUAUGCUCCGUAUGUGGAGCAGCAGAAAGCAGCCAUGCGCGUCUUCCAACAGGAUGAGCACCUGAUGCUGCCGCUGGAUCUAGAUUACGAUAGCAUCUUUGGGCUGUCGAUGCAUGAGAAGGCUUUGCUUGGGGCGACGAGGCCGGAAAGCGUGGGUCAGGCGAGACGGAUUGAGGGGAUGACUCCGGCCGGGACGUUGAGGCUGUUGGCUUAUGUGCAGAAUCGGAAUCGGCGAGCUGCCAGGGCAGCGAUGUCCGAGGAGAUCGAAGCGAGGAAGAGGGAGUAUAUGGUGGCUACCUGA